AUGAGUAGAACGAAGCCAAAUAUCGACUUUUUCACGACGCGGUUGAUCAUAAAGAAGCAAUGGAUGAAGAGAUGUUAACGAAGAGAUCUCACAGCUCUCGGGCCCAGUCUUCUUUGUUGAAAUUUUGAACACUUUCUCACUAGAACAUCCCGAAUCGCUGUUCCGUUCCAGUAUAUCGUUAACUGAUGAAAGCACUGAUUCCGCUGGAGCGUCGAACACCGAAUCACCUAAGCUAUCCCCAUCGACGUAGUGGGCCAAUUGCAUUCCGUCAUCCGAACGGGUUCGCUUUAAACUAUGAAUCCAGCAGUCUACACCACUUCGAUUUUCUUCCGAGGAAAAGUUCAAAACAUCCCUAUGAAGGAGUUUUGCGCGAAGACAGUCUCCUCUAUUACUAUCAAGAUGGGUCAUUUCUGGUAUUGGGCAGAGGUGUUGUUGUCCAGUAGAUGUACAUCCAUCAGCCGCUCCUCCAGACCUCCGUUCACGCGAAUCCCCGGUUCCAUUUGUGUUCGAACCGCUACACGCCAGAUAAGGUUUGCCACCAUCACCGCCUCCUCCAGGACCUCCCGCGACACCCCCUGA